UUACUUAGUCAUGCAGAUAGCUGAAUAAUGAAUUUGAUGAAAUUAAAUUUGUUUACUGUUAACUGUUUAGUGUUUACACUUAAGUUUUUACCCUUUACUUAUUAUUUAAAUGACAACAUUUAAAACAUUCGUUAUUUCAAUUUAAAAUUUAACCUAAACUAUUAAUUUAAAUCGCUACUGGUAUAGGGUAUUUAAUUUAAAAAAGUUAUUAUGGAAGAAGAAAGAACAACUGAAGUUGAGAAUUCCGGCAAAAGUGUUACAGUUCAGUGUGUCCAGUAUCUCGUUUCAUACCAUUUAAAGUCAAAAUGUUCUAUUAAAAAGGAUGAACUAAUGAAAACAGUUUUUAAGGGUCGUGUAACGGGAAAGAAUUAUGAGAGAGUAAUGGAAGAUGUGUCAUUGACAUUAAAAAAUGUUUUUGGGUUAUCUAUCUCAUACAUUAAAGACGACUGCAAACAGUUCAUAAUUGUAAAUGAUAUUGAAGACUUUACAAGUAAUGGUGAAAACAAUUUUGAUUUAAUAAAGUACCGGAUUUUAUUGAAACCAGUUGUUGCAGCAUUGGUUAUGCUACUCGCACCUAUUAGUGAAGGUCAAAUGUGGAAUAUCUUAGAACGAUUUGCCAGUGCAUUUGAUUUAGAAAUGAAUCAAAUUAAAAAAGUGGUUAAAGGGGAUUUUGUAAAAGAUCAUUACCUUCACUAUAAAGCAACUGAUGAUACUACCGUUAUGCUUGAUCCAGAAAAAACAAGUUACUGGUUUACUUUAGGUACAAGAGCAUUAGUCGAGUUUGAUCAAAAUACGGUAUUACAACGAGUUGGCGAGUUAUACAAUAUACCUCCAAAAUCAUUCAAGCGUGUAUACACUACAUUGAAUAAAUAAUAUUUUUAUAAAUAUUUUGUUUGGUCUUUAAUAUAUUUGUUUAAAAAUUAUUAUUUCUCGUGUCAAACUAUUAAUAUUCAUAUUGUAAAAAUGAACUGGAGUACAUUUUUAUUACCACUUCAAUUGUUUAAU